UGUUUCCUGUCUAACAAGUGUGUGUUCUUUUAGGCUCCAUGACAGAAAGAUGUGUAUCAUAGGACUGAGCAUCCUAAUGGAAUUGCAGAAUCGACCACCUGCAGUGGAUGCUGUGGCUGCACAGAUUGUCCCUUCCAUCCUCCUCCUCUUCCUGGGCUUAAAACAAGUCUGUGCCUCACGAGAACUCACAGAACAUGAGGAUCAUGCUAAAGAUGAGAAACACGUUGCAGAAGAUAAUGAAGAAAUAGCAAGUGAUGAGGAGGAUACAAAUGAAGUGAGCCAGGCGAUGCAAGAGAACCAUGGUGGAGGCAGCGGUGAUGGUGGUGGUGGAGAGGAAGAGGACGAUGAUGAUGAUGACGACGACGACUGGGAUGAAGAUGCUUUGGAAGAGACUGCUCUUGAAGGGUUCAGCACACCUCUUGAUCUUGAAAAUGGUGUUGAUGAAUAUCAAUUUUUUGCACAAGCACUUUUAGCGGUGCAGAGGCGAGAUGCCGGCUGGUACCAUUCGCUGACAGCCCCGCUGAGCGAGGAUCAGAAGAAACAGCUCCAGGAGAUUUACACAUUAGCAGAACACCGGCGGAGUGCUGCAGAGACUAAGACAAUAGAACAACAAAGCGGCUACACAUUUGACAACAAAGGACUGAUCACAGCAUUUAACUUUGGAAAUAAUCCCGGUGGCAACUGAAGGAGAAACCGCAAAGGUCAAUGCGAAGGGUUUCAUCGUUACAUUUUAUUAAAAUCAUCAUGACCUCUGAGUGAUAGGGAAGGGUAAUUUAAUGCUGUGGAAGGUUUCUGGGAAUAUAGCAGUGUGCUUCCCUCACCGGAAUGCUCUUUCUAACCAGCUACUGUAAUGUACAAAUUCUUGUGCUGUUUUUAUAAUUUGAUGGACUGAAAAGGAAACAUUUGUCCUCAAGGAACCUGAAUGACUGGGAGGGGGCCAGAUUGCAUCUAAUUGAGUUGCACUUCUCAGGUUUUUGCAGUGCAGAAUUGAUAGAUUCAUAUGGAUAACAGUGCCUUCUGUUGUAUGUGGAUUGCCUGAACAAAUGAAUUUUGGAGUGCAUUAUAAUUUUUUAAGUGUAAGGGUAUUUCUAGAUACACUGUAAGCCUUGGGUCCAUGUUUUCCUGUAAUCUGCCUUUUACUACAUAAUUUAAUUUUUUAUUGGUUGUACACACAUUGCUGGGUUCAGAGUGUUAUCUCAUCCUCUCUAUUCGGUGCAGACUGGUCGUGUAGAGUGAAGCACGUGUAGUAGCUGUAAAGUGUACACUGACACUGUGAAAGUGUCUUAACAAAAUGCAGAUUUUCCCUUGAUAUGAUGGUUUUAAUUUAUUUCUCCUAGCCAUGGAAUCAACUCACUUGAGUUACAAUGGCACACAUGGCCUGGCAGGUUGAUGGCCUGAGUCUACACCGAUGUUUCCUCCUGCCUGCAGAAGUGGU